GUCCCUGCGUUGGCUCGCUCCUAGAGUACGACAUCCACGGACUGUCUCUCUCCCUCUUGCUAUCUGAACACCUGGCUGAAACUACCCACCGUGCAAAGAACAUACAAACGCAACAUGAAGCUCUUCCUUUUCUCCCUGCUCAUCGCGCUGCUUGCCACCUGCGCUCUGGCUGCCGCUCCAAAGAGGAGUGUCCUCGUUACCUACCCGAUUGGAACUCCUGAGGAUGUCGUGACAAAAGCCAUGAACAAGGUCAUAGAACUGAACGGCGAAAUCACUCAUAAGUUCAAACUCAUCCCGGGUUUCACCGCGAACGCUCCCGUCAAAGCCCUUGAAGAGGUGAAGACUUUGGGUACCAAGUACCCCGCCCUCAUAGAAGAGGACCAGGAGGUCCACGCUCUCGACGACAACUAGAGCACCGACAAGGCAUAGACGGACUUACCUACAGGCUUCCGCGAGAAUGAUACCAUAAGGAGCUGGGUUGGUCCUAGGGUUAGAGACGAACUUUCACGCUGGGCUGGGUUAUGAACGUGGCUCUACGAGCCCGUAGCAGGACGGAUUUGGCGCUUUUUGUGUUUUGCUUUGCUACUUCAUACUAUCGUUAAUCAAGACUUCCGUACCCCUCAUACAAUGCGGGGCAUGCAGAAGACCGGGGUGCGACGGGAUCCAGGGCUAGAUCGAGAGCGGUCCGCUCCUGACUGUGAAAAUAAAUGCAACAGGAGAUUCGCUUGGCUCUCGAGCUUCUCAAUGCAAGCAGAUGCAGAUGACG